AUGAUAUCUCGAGCGGCGGCUCCCUCCCCUUCCUCCCUCUCCCACCUUUCUUCCCGCUCCCUCCGCGCCCAGGGGGCGGCCGCCCGCUCUUUCGCGUCCGUGCAGGAGGCACCUCCCGUGCGGCACCAUGGCGGGCUCCAGGACAAGGAUCGGAUCUUCACAAACCUCUACAAUCACCAUGGAGCAGAUCUCAAGUCGGCAAUGAAGUUUGGUGAUUGGCACCGGACCAAGGAUAUCAUUCUCAAGGGCGAUGAUUGGCUCAUCUCCGAGCUGAAGGCUUCAGGUCUCCGUGGCCGCGGUGGUGCUGGUUUCCCCUCGGGAUUGAAAUACGACCCCCGACCCCGGUAUUUGGUCGUCAAUGCGGACGAGGGUGAGCCGGGAACCUGCAAGGACCGAGAGAUCAUGCGCAAGGACCCCCAGAAGCUGAUCGAGGGCUGUCUGGUGGUGGGCCGGGCCAUGAACGCCAACGCCGCCUACAUCUACAUCCGCGGCGAGUUCUAUCACGAGGCCACCGUCCUCCAGCAAGCUAUCAACGAGGCGUACCAGGCCGGGUACAUCGGCAAGAACGCUUGCGGCACCGGAUACGAUUUCGACGUCUACAUCCACCGGGGCAUGGGCGCAUACGUCUGCGGCGAGGAGACAUCAUUGAUCGAGUCGCUCGAGGGCAAGGCGGGCAAGCCGCGCCUGAAGCCGCCUUUCCCCGCUGCGGUUGGUCUGUUCGGCUGCCCCAGCACCGUGACCAACGUCGAGACUGUCGCCGUGACGCCCACCAUCAUGCGCCGCGGUGCCAGCUGGUUCUCGUCCUUUGGCCGCGAGCGUAACGCCGGCACCAAGCUGUUCUGUAUCUCGGGCCACGUCAACAACCCCGUCACCGUGGAGGAGGAGAUGUCCAUUUCCCUGCGCGAGCUGAUCGACAAGCACUGUGGAGGUGUGCGUGGCGGCUGGGAUAAUCUGUACGCUGUUAUCCCCGGCGGCUCGUCCACGCCCGUGCUCCCCAAGUCCGUGGCCGACGACCAACUCAUGGACUUUGAUGCCCUCAAAGACUCACAGUCCGGUCUGGGCACUGCUGCCGUCAUCGUCAUGGAUAAGUCCACCGACAUCAUCCGCGCCAUUUCCCGUCUGUCCACCUUCUACAAGCACGAGAGUUGCGGCCAGUGCACCCCCUGCCGCGAGGGCAGCAAGUGGACUAUGCAGAUGAUGCAGCGUCUGGAGAAGGGUAACGCUCGCGAGCGUGAGAUCGAUAUGCUGCAGGAGCUUACCAAGCAGGUCGAGGGCCACACCAUCUGCGCUCUCGGCGAGGCCUUUGCCUGGCCCAUCCAAGGUCUGAUCCGUCACUUCCGGCCGGAGCUGGAGGCCCGCAUCCGCCAGUACGAGAAGGAGCUCGGCGGUACUCCCUACGCCGGUGGCUGGAACCCGGAGAGCCGUGCAGAGGGCAAGCUGAUUUCCCCCGGCAUGUAA